AUGGCUCGGCACGCGGUCUUUUCGACUUAUGUACUCAGAAAUGUGCCCAUCAGGACAGCUGUCACAGUCAUGGCCAUGCUUAUCUUCUUCAAAUAUGUGUUCACAUGCCCUUGCACAACUCCCGAGGAAACUGUCCUGCACUGCUGGCUCUACCUGUGCCUGCCAAUAGGCAUACUGUUCUUCAUAAUGAUCCUGAUGGACGCUCGGCUGCUGAAGAUGUGCAGAUGUUACGUGUGCAGGUGUUGCGCGCGCGGCCGGAGCAGAUGCUGUAAGAGCGCGUGCUGCGGUACUCUUGAGUGCUGCUGCUGUGCCGGUGGUCACUGUUAUCACCCAGAGCGCUGUGGACAGGAGGGCUGGUAUUACUGUGGUGUUAUUUGGAAACACCUACUCAAUGUCUUUUAUGCGGCAUCGCUGUGGAUAGUCGUUGCGUUUAUAGACGGGGACUGGUACGUUUGCGUGCGGACCAUUAAUGUGAACGGUACCGGGGAGCAAAUUGCGUGCAAGGAUCUACCAACUCCACGAGAAGCAGAGACUCUGAGAAAAUAUGAUAGUGAAUCACGGGUAAUUGGCCUAAUUCUUAUUCUUGGCCUUUCAUUUUUGUUGACGAUAAGUUCAUCUCUCACGACCCGAUGGAAGCCGUAUUAUAAAUCGCUCUAUGAGGUUUAUGUGGAGCGGGAGACUUCAGCCAUUCUGGAGGACAAACUACAUGAAAAAGCCGUGGAGAGAGCCAAACAUGUCAGUGAGCAUUCACUGAGGAACUUUGAACAUCCGCACAUGAACAUUCAGGGUGAUGCUCAUCAUGUUCAGUAUCAGCAGUUAGGGAACGCUGAAGAAGACGUGUGGCACAAAAUAUCAGACCCAGCCCUACAUUUAACGGAGUUGCCAUAAGCAACGUAAACUUUAUGCCUACUACCUGCAUCUUGCCAAAGGAAUAGUGUUUUCACAUUUAUUUGCAUAUUCUAAUGCCGUUUUAAUAAUUGUGGGUUUAUUUUCUGUUUAAUACUGAGGUACAAGCAAACUGUUACAAUAUUGCAAAAAAUGCUAUACAGAAAGCAAGAGGUUCGAUAACUCCAAAUAAAAUACUGAGGUGCUAAGGAGGUUAGUGUGUGAGGAUACACAGCUGUUUUUAUGAAGUAUGAAUGCAUUAAAUAAAAAAAUGACAAAAAGACAUUUAUAACGUUACAAAAGAUUUAUAUUUCAAAUAAAUUCAGUUUUAAACUUUGUACUCUUCAACUCCUUAAAACAUAUUUCACAUUUCCACAAAAAUAUUAAGCAGCCCAGCUGUUUUCAACAUUGGUAAUAGUUAUAAAUGUUUAUUAUUGUUUUGUUGUUUUAUAUAUUCAAAUAGAAAACAGUUAUUUUAAAUUGUAAUAAUAUUUCACAGUAUUACUGUUUCUACUGUAAUAAUGCAGCCUUGGUGAGUGGAAGACUUCAUUGAAAUCAUACCAGUCCCAAACGUUUGGAUGAUUAUUGUUACAAUAAGAAUUUCAGAUCCAAUGCACAGCAAGAAGAAAGAAAAAUGAAUUCUUUAUACAAAAAGCUUCACAGUUUACAAAAAGACAUUUUCUAUUCUAAAAAUAAUUAAUGACUAUGCACUAUUUUUGGCACAAUAUAUGAGCAGAACUAAAAGGACCGAAUAUAUAACAUUCUUCUUCUUCUUUUUUUUUUUUUUGUAAACAAAGUUUUCUAUAAUUGAUUUUAUGAAUAAUAAAAAAAAAAAAUCUCUUUAAAAAAUUCCUUUAGAAUAUUAAGCCAUACCGGUAUGUAUAUAUAUGAAUGUUAAUUAUCUGUGACCUUUAAGAUUCACUUCCCUUCUCUUCACAGUAAACGUCUUCACUUAAUAUCUUCAGAUCUAUUGGGCACAUCACUGUUGUGCAUGACUUGCAUCUGCUGGGUUCAUUCAGGUCAGCCUCCUUUCAAAUACAGCUGAAGUUUGUUAAAGUGUAAGUAAAAAUAUAGGUGGACAAAUGUGAUUGU